AUGCAGCCGCUCUGUGACCGAGGAGCGUCAAGUUAUUGGGUUUCUCUCUCUCUCUCUCUCUCUCUCUCUCUCUCUCUCUCUCUCUCUCUCUCUGUCUCUCCAUCUUUUCUUGACUUCCCGAGCCGCAUGAGUUCUCCGCUGUUCCUGGCUCAGCUGCUCGGGCUGCCGCUGGAGACCAUGCACCCCACCGGCUCCACCGGCUCCACCGGCUCCACCGGCCCCGGGGACAAGGACACCACUCACACCAAGAUCUUCGUCGGCGGGCUGCCGUACCACACCGACGACGCGUCGCUCCGGAAAUACUUCGACACGUUCGGGGACAUCGACGAGGCGGUGGUGAUCACCGACAAGCAGACCGGCAAGUCCCGAGGAUACGGAUUCGUGACCAUGGUGGACCGGGGGGCAGCGGAGCGGGCGUGCAAGGACGCCAACCCCAUCAUCGACGGCCGGAAGGCCAACGUCAACCUGGCGUACCUGGGAGCGAAGCCUCGCAGCUCGCACACAGGUCUCUCUGUUGGAGUUCAGCAAGUCCAUCCUACGUGGGCUCAGAGGCAAUAUGGGCUCACCCAGCAGUACGUCUACCCUCAGGCCUUCCUCCAGCCCAGCAUGGUGCUGCAGUCCCAGCUCGGCCCCUCGGCGGCGCUCCCCUCCCCGUACUUGGACUACAGCUCUGCCUACAGCCACUACGCCCCCGCGGGACUGGAGCAGUACCCCUACGCCGCAUCUCCGUCGCCCUCUGCCGGCUUCCUCGGCUACAGCUUCUCCCCCGGCCUCUCCGCGUCCCCGACCCCUCCGGCCGCCGCCACCGUCCAUCCUCAGCUGGCGGCGCUCGCCGCCCCGCAGGCCUUCCUGCACUACGCCCUGCAGCAGCCCGACCGCAUGCAGUGAGCUGGAGACGACGCGAUGAUGAUGAUGAUGAUGAUGAUGAUCCUAACGGCGAGACUGUUGAGCUGCGUCGUCAUGGCGAUGAGACUGUAGGACCAGGGACGAGAGUGUGGUGUAAUCAAAAAGGGCUUUUUUAAGAAGACACUCCUGUUUUUUUUAUCUAAAUAAAUAUAAAAAUGUUAAAAUAAUGUAUCAUGUAAGAUAUGAUGUGAAUGCUUUUCAUCAGAGUCAGGGACUGCAGGGGGGGGGGGCGGGUGAGGACGUGUCGACCCCUCAGCGCAGAGGUCAAAGGUCAGAGGUCAAAGGUCAGCGUGCCGACUGCUGGAGAGCAGAGGACGCUGCAGGUUCUGAGUGGAGCUGGAGCUCGGUUCCUCCUUCAGAAACACUCGUCCUCCGACCGCAGCUCCUCGUCUGUCGAUGGCCUCGUGCUGCGUUCACACCGGGCGCGAUGCGAAUCUCCGCGUCGCUUUGCAAGCAAACAACCAGCAAUCGCACCGUCAGGCUGCACACACACACACACACACACACACACACACACACACAGCGACAGUAGUGAUCCUCCAUCCAUGACACAAUGACAGGACGUCUGACGGAGGGAGGAUCUCAACGCUCAUUGGCUAUCGCGUCAACGUGUCACGCGAAUAUGUCGCUCGAGUUCAAAUAUUUCACCUCCAGCGACUGAAGCGAGCGACGCCAAUUUGUUGUUGAAUGUUUCGCGUAGCGCUACUCGCACCAUUCCUGUUGACUUUGACUUUGCAUGUGAACUCGCUAAAAAGUUGCGUCGCGUCCGGUGUGAACGCACCAUUACAGUCUCUCUCUCUCUCUCUCUCUCUCUCUCUCUCUCUCUGUCUCUACAUCCCUCGUUCAAUUUGUCUUUUUGAAUUUUUUUAUUCGUCUCUCAUCUCAAACGAACAAAAUGUUGUUCUCGAUUUUUUACCCCUUUUGUUCCUUUUAUCCACGACUGGAAAGUUGCUACUCAGUUAAACACAAUAUGCAAUUAUGACGACGAUGAUGAUGAUGAUGAUGAUGAUGAUGAAGGAUAAGCAGGAAAAACGAGACUGGAUGGAUUUGUUCUUCAUGAUAUUUCAGUUGCGUGUCCCCUCAGUGUUUGUCUGGAAGUGGAGAGAAGUGUGUGUUGUCUCUGUGUGGCGACCAAACUCCCUCCUGCUGCAGAUGUUGACGUACGGAGUCAUAAACCAAGCCAUACAUCUGAAAACAAAUAUGCAAAAUUAAAUGAUUAUUACUCAAAAACCAAAAAA